AUGGGGAGUGUACAAGCCUUGUUCAUAGCUCUCUGCAUUCUAGCGAUUGCAUUUCAUUCAAGUUCAGUUGAAGCCAAGUUCUCCAAGAGCAUGUAUUUCACUUGGGGUGCUCAACAUUCUUCAAUUAUCGGCAACGGCGACGAUCUUCAGCUCGUUUUAGAUCCAACUUCAGGCUCUGGUGUCCAAUCAAAGAGAUCCUUCCUAUUCGGAAGCAUUGAAAUGCUAAUCAAGCUCGUACCUGGGAAUUCCGCCGGAACUGUCACAGCCUACUAUCUUUCUUCUACUGGGAACCAGCACGACGAGAUUGACUUCGAGUUCUUAGGGAACUCAUCAGGACAACCUUACAUUAUCCACACAAACAUCUAUACUCAAGGGAAAGGAAACAGAGAGCAGCAAUUCCACCCAUGGUUUGACCCAACUGCCGAUUACCACAACUACACCAUACACUGGAACCCCACUGAAGUUGUGUGGUACAUAGACAGUCUGCCAAUUCGAGUCUUCAGAAACUAUCAGAUCGAGGGGAUUGCCUACCCAAAUCAACAAGGGAUGAAGGUUUACUCCAGCUUAUGGAAUGCUGAUAACUGGGCAACUAGAGGUGGCCUUGUUAAGAUCGACUGGAAUUGUGCCCCCUUCACUGCCAGUUUCCGUCAUUUCAGGGCAAGGGCUUGCAAAUGGGAUGGGCCAUUUAGCACUAUUCAGUGCACCUCCCCUUCCCCUGCCAACUGGUGGAACUCCCCCGUAUAUAGCCGAUUGAGCUAUGGUAAGCUAGGUCAGAUGAAGUGGGUUAGAGAUAACUACAUGAUCUAUGACUACUGCAAAGAUACUAAGCGAUUCGGUGGACAAGUGCCACCUGAAUGUUUUAAACCACAGUAUUAACAUGAGGAUCAAUAGUAAGAGCCACAAAAAUCCUGGUGUGAUUUUGGAAAGAUGAACAAGUCUGCUGCUCCAUUUCUUGGUCUACAAUCAGUUUUCAACACAGAAUAAGUUUCCUUUGUGUUUCAAUUAUUUUUCUUUUUUGUAUUUCAGAUAUUUCAAAAAUUCGUGCUUCAAUUAUUAUUAUUUUUCCCCAGGGAAUAUACAACAUACUUCAUUCUUGUUUCAGAUUA